AUGGAGCUCGAGAGGAAAGUUCAGACCUUGCAAACUGAAGCUACUACCCUCUCAGCACAACUCUCCUUGUUCCAGAGAGACACAACUGGUUUGUCAUCUGAGAAUACAGAGCUCAAGCUUCGUUUACAAGUCAUGGAACAACAAGCUAAGUUGCGAGAUGUUCCUCCCUACGCAGCAUUAAACGAGCAACUUAAAAAGGAAGUAGAGAGGCUGAAGUUCGCCACGGGAGAAGUCUCACACGCUGAUGCUUAUAACCUCGGGAUGGCACACAUGCAAUACUCUCAACAGCAACAGCAACCACAACAACAACAAUCAUUCUUUCAACAUCAUCACCAUCAGCAACAACAAACCGAUGCUCAAAACCUUCAACAGAUGACUCACCAGUUUCAUCUCUUCCAGCCCAAUAAUAACAAUAACCAAAACCCAAACGUUACUUCUUCAGCCUCUCGCCAAAACCCUCAGCUUAUGCAUCAGACUACUUCUAACGCCUCGGGUCAGUCUCAUUCCUUUGCAGAGGCAAUGAAUGAAGAUCCUCUUGGCCGGUUACAGGGGCUUGACAUUAGCAGCUGUGGCAGAGGCUCGAACUUUGGUAGGUCUGACACCGUCAGUGAAAGCAGUAGCACCAUGUGAAGCUCUGUCUUUUCCAUGUUUCGCUUUGUCGAUAAUCCUAUUCUUUUGACAUCUUUGUGGCCGUCUGAUUCAUUUUUUUAUUCUGUAAAACUCUUAUUUUCUUUGUGAGGGUGUUUCAACAUAGAGACCACAGGUGUUUUGAUUUUUUUGAUUCGUAUUGUUCUUCCUUGGGAUCUAUCAAAGUUGAACUAGAUAUUUAUUUUAAUGUUUCUUUAAGUGUUCUU